AUGUCUCAUGGGACCUACUACGAGUGUGAGCCCCGGGCGGGCCAGCAGGCACUCGAGUUCUCAGGGGCCCGAGCGGGGCCAGGGGAGUUGGGGGACAUGUGUGAGCAUGAGGCCUCCAUCGACCUCUCGGCCUACAUCGAAUCUGGGGAGGAGCAGCUCCUCUCUGACCUCUUCGCUGUGAAGCCGGCACCAGAGACCCGAGGCCUCAAGGGCCCCGGAAACCCUGCCUUCCCUCACUACCUGCCACCCGACCCGCGGCCCUUCGCCUACCCCCCACAUACCUUCGGCCCAGACAGGAAGGCGUUGGGACCUGGAAUCUACAGCAGCCCAGGCAGCUACGACCCCAGGGCCGUGGCUGUGAAGGAAGAGCCUCGGGGACCUGAGGGCAGCCGAGGGACCAGCCGCAGCAGCUACAAUCCUCUGCAGUACCAAGUGGCACACUGUGGGCAGACAGCCAUGCACCUGCCCCCAGCCCUGGCAGCACCCAGCCAGCCCCUGCGUGUCCUCAAGGCCCCUUUGGCUGCUGCUGCGGCCCCCUGCAGUCCCCUUCUCAAGGCAUCCUCUCCCGCUGGCCCCUCGCACAAGGGCAAGAAAGCGGUGAACAAAGACAGCCUGGAGUACAGGCUGCGGCGGGAACGGAACAACAUUGCUGUGCGCAAGAGUCGGGACAAGGCCAAGAGGCGCAUUCUGGAGACACAGCAGAAGGUGCUGGAGUACAUGGCAGAGAACGAGCGCCUCCGCAGCCGUGUGGAGCAGCUGACCCAGGAGCUGGAAACCCUUCGCAACCUCUUCCGCCAGAUCCCCGAGGCCGCCAACCUCAUCAAGGGCGUGGGGGGCUGCAGCUGA